AUGGCUAUGGGCAUGGAGAUACACCCGUCGGUGGCCUACCCGGAGGGAUCUACUACGGUACGGGUCGCUUUUACGAGGAGAAUUUGCGUAACGAGCAGCGGCGGCGGCAAGAGCAACAGCAAGAGCGAGAACAGAAUCAACAGCGACACAGGCACGAUCCACAGUGGCGGCCAGAAGAGCAAGAUGGAGAGCAGCAUCGACACGAUCAGCAGCAGCAGCAGCAGCCGCGGUAUUCCGCUUUUGGUGGUUUCAGCCAAGCGAGCGGCUCUGGACACGAAAGUGAUAGGGGCGUUCCUUGAAGCGCUGCAGAGGGAGCACUGGCGGCGGAGACAGCAGGAGGCUGACGCUGGAGGCGGUGGGUUUGGCCUUGGUCCUGGUGAUGGGUUUGGGGAGAUGGGUGAGGAUGACUUUGGACCGACAGAGGAGAUCCGGUUUGAGGAUCUGUUUGGGGAUAUCUUUGGAAGUUUCGGUGGAGGCGGUGCUGGUUCGUUUGAUCCUCGUCCCGGCCCUGGACCUGAACCUGACCAGGGCCGUACCGAUGGGCCUGGUGGCCAAGAUGGUGGCAGGGGAGGAGGUGCUCCCGGGCCCGAACCAGCGGCUUCUGGGCCCGGCAGGGGUGGCGGUGCCUUUCGGCCGGGCUACGGACCCCCACCGGGCCACUAUGGAGGUGGAUGGUACGGCUACGGCCCCGCGUUCGGGGACGCGGCGCGUGCUCGACGGGGAGGGGCGGGGAUGACCUUUGCUGAUCUCUUUGAGCUUUAUCAAAGCUGGCCUGGUCCGCACAAUUCGUUUGGGGAUUACGACGAGUCGGGAAAUAUGCCUCGAGCGUACUUUUGA